AUGGCGGCUGUCCAGGACCAAGCGGCCAUCGAUUUCGCUAGCUCGCUCACUCAGUCCGACAUACCUACCAAGCUCCGAUGUGCCACAUGCAGCAAGCUAGCCGUCAAUGCUUUCAAGCUCCAGUGCUGCGACUCGUCCAUCUGCCAGGAUUGCCAGGCAGCUCUCCCAGAAGCCUGUCCAGUAUGCAGCCAUUCUCCUCUGGAUCCUGACAUGUGCAAGCCGAACAAGACCUUGCGCAUGACCAUCCGCGCCUUCAUCAAGAACGAGGAAAAGAAGAGAGCUGCUGCCGCCGAAGCUGCCGAGGCAGCAGCAGCCGCGGCCGCUGUAGCUGAACAAGAGGAGGCUUCCGCACAGUCUGAGCCGUCGGCAGAACAACCGCCUGCCAAAUCUGAGGGUCCGACUGAGGCAUCUGGCGAGCAAGCGCAAGACGAAGGUGCCAUAUCCGCCGAAGCGACCGAUGAUGCGAUUGCGCUUGAGGCUACCGAUCCACUCAGUCAGGUCGAAGAGACUUCGGAACAAGUAUUGAAUGACGAGGCUACACCCCCACAACAAUCCGAGCAAACACUUGAUACCGAGGGAGAUACUGUCGCGCAAUCAAUCGAGGGCGGCGACCUUGAGAACCCCGAAUCCGAACAAAAGGACCUACAGGAAUCGACCGAGGCGCAGCAACAAGGCCAGAACGGCCAAGAUGCUUCUCAGCAAAAUUUCCAAAACAUGGACUGGAACGCUGCUAACGGAUUCAACCCUAUGAUGAACAUGGCCAAUGGUUUUAACCCUAUGAUGGGCAUGAUGGGCAUGCCUGGAAUGAACCCAAUGUCCAUGUUCGGCGGCUUCGGCGCCGGCGGCAUGGGCAUGCAAGACAUGGGUGGUUUGAACAUGGGUAUGGGCUUUGGUGGUGGCUUUGGAGGCAAUUGGAAUGCGCAGCAGGGUAUGGGCGGAAACUUUGGCGCUGGCUAUUAUCCCAACGCUGGAUAUAAUCAACCGCAAAUGCACCAAGGAGGCUAUGCCAAUCAACAGUUCCCAUCUCAUAAUAACUACCAGAACCAGAACCGGUUCCACCAGCGUGGUGGCUUUGCUGGCCGUGGCAGAGGCGGUGGUGCGUUUAUUGGUGGAAAUGCUGGUUCCUCUAACCUUCAAGCUCAGCAAGACGACACUUCUCAACCCCAACAUCUUGAAGAAGGUGAUCGUCAUCCUUCACAAGCUGGCAUUGAGUCAGCCGAAAUUGGUGCUGAGAGACGCAACUCCCACUCUGUAGCUUCUGUGUCACAGAUGCCAGGAGAUGACACCCCAGCCCUUGAACAGCAGCCAGACAUCAACGUUGAGGAGACUAACGAACAGGUCCCGCAAGGCGAAGAGCAAGCUGAAGCUCAAGGACUAGAGAAUGGAGACAAUAUGGAGGGUGUGCAAGACCAAGAAAGCAAUCAGAUCAUGGACUCCAACAUCGAAGGUCAAAACAUGAUGGAUCCAAAUGCUUUCAACCCAGCCAUGAUGAACAUGGGUGGUUUCAAUCCCGCUAUGACACCGAUGAUGCCUUUCGGCAACCAAAACGGCUUCUUCCCACAAAAUAACUUCAACGGAGGCUUUGGCGGAAGAGGAAGGGGUGGUUACAGAGGCAGGGGCGGCUUCCGCGGUCGUGGCAAUUUCAAUCACAAUAUGCAUGGUGGCUUCAACGGACACAUGUCUCAGCCUCCCGAAGACUUCACCGUCCUCGCAGGUCCUGCAGAAGGUCCUCCCAUUGAUGCUCCCAAGGGUCCCAAGGCUAUGCGUGAAGGUUUGCCCAACAGUGGCAUCUAUAGCAGAGGUGGCUAUCAAGGAGGAAGGAAUGCUCAUCCCACUCCUACACCUCAGCCCCAAUCACUUCCAGCACAAUCACCUCAACCACAGCGAGAGCGUAGCGCGUCGCCUGCCCGCGACAACAAGGAACGUGGUCGCUCGCCUUCGCAUUCCAGAUCUGGUUCACAGGGCCGCAAACGCAAGCACAGUGUCGAAUCUCAAGACAGCGAAGCCAGAGAGCGAAGACGUGAAAGACGUCGCCGUCACGAAAAGAAGUACGACGACGAGCCAGUCGACAGCGAGAAGAAGGAGAUGACACGAUCAGAUUCUGGCGACGAAGACGCAUCUAGGCGAUCACGCCGUCGCAGAGGAGACAGAGAAAAGCACCGUUCCACCCGCGACUCCAGUAGAGACCGCGACCAUCGCCGUCGCCGCAGUAGAUCUCGCGGCGAAAAGGAUCACCGCUCCAAUGCCGAUGAACAAGCCUCUCGUCCCAAGGGUCGUCGCGAGCGCGACCGUGAAAGGGACAAGGAACGCUCUGACCGCGACAGAGGUGACCGUGACCGCAAGCGCUCACGUAGAGACCGUUCUGCCUCUGCGAAUGGAAACAACGAUCACCAUCAAUCUUCUCGCCGCUCUCGUCGCGAAGAACCCCUUCCCACAACCGAAGACCAGGGCUUCAAGAUCAAGGGCUCUCGCGGCAAUAAAUCUUUCGCCCCUCCGACUGGACCCAGGAAGGACCGCGACUCCAACGACACCCGCAGACACCCAAGCCUGCAAUCCGUAGCCGUCGCCCAAGAACCCUCUACUACCACCUCCUCCGAUCCGUAUGCCCAAGAGCGUGAAGACCGUAUCAAGGAACGCAUGGCCAAGGAGCAACAACGUCGUGAAUCUGCCACUGUAAGCAAGAGAGGCAAUCGCGAGGAUGGAGGACGUAGAGGCAGUAAUGCGGGGUUCGACGCUCCCACUGGACCCAAGAACAACAGAAAGGGUAGGAAGGUUAGUUAUAGGUAUGAAGACGAGGAGGGAGAGGAAGCUAGGGCUGAGAGAGUUGAGAGGGAGAGGGAGGCUGCAAGAUGGAAUUAA